GGGAGCCGCGGGAGCCGCAGAGCGGGGAGAUGGAGAAAGAGGAGGCGGUGGCUCCUGAGCACCGGCGCCUCGUCCUCCGGUUCGUGGGCUGAAGCCCCGCACCCCGCUGCCUCAGGCCGGCGGUGCCGCUGCCCCGGGCACCGCUGCUGGCCCCGGGCCCGCGUCGGCGGCGAGUUUUCCUCGGGGGCUUCGCCGUGCAACUGUUGGGAAAAGUGGCCGUGCCCCGAGAGCGACUUUUCGCGCAAGGUAAUUCUCUAAUGGACCAAUGAAAGCCAACGAUGACAAGUUGUGGUCAACAGUCCUUGAAUGUGCUGAUGGUUCUGCUUCUAUUACUCUUGUCAGCAGUGUUGUCCGCACAUUUUCGGGUCUGCGAGCCAUAUACAGACUACAAAGGUCGCUACCACUUUGGUUUUCACUGCCCCCGUCUUUCUGACAAUAAAUCUUACAUCUUCUGCUGUCACCAUAACAACACAGUAUUUAAAUACUGCUGCAAUGAGACAGAAUUUCAGACUGUUAUGCAGAUGAACUUAACAGGGAACGCAGAUGGAUAUAUGCAUAACAACUACAGUGCACUGUUAGGAGUGUGGAUCUAUGGCUUUUUUGUGGUGAUCUUGCUGGUACUGGACCUUUUAUAUUACUCUUCAAUGAACUAUGAUAUUUGCAAAUUUUACCUGGCACGGUGGGGAAUCCAGGGAAAGUGGAUGACACAGGGACAGAGCCGAUGGAUUAACCCUGCUCAGGAUCCAAGCCAAGUACAGACACAGCCUCAGCCAGAGACACAGCCUCAAACUCAGCCACAGCCUCAGACAUCACAGACAGUACAUACGUUAAAAGGAGAUGCUUUAAGCCCACCCCUGAUGUCUUUUCAGAGUACAUCUGCCUGCAUUAAGCGGGGAAUGUAUGUUAGGAUCAGUAUGGAAACCAUCUGAGGGCUGUCCAAAGGCCUGUGUGGUCUGAAGGUCCUGGUGGAUGUACCUUCUGCAACCCAAACACCGUCACAGCCUGCAAGUGAAUGAGCAUAAACGGUUGUGGCUUGCCUCACGGUGGUUCCUCCAGGACACGGCUGAGGUACAUGAGCUGUGCCCUUCCACGCUCACUGGUCCAUGUAAGAAUCUGCAGUCUGGUUAGCCUGAGCAGGCUUUUAACAGCUGGAGGUCAAACAGCAACAAGCAGCAGGCAAACCAUUACUGCUGCUCAACGAAGUACACGCCAGGGAGGCAGUGGAGUGUUGUAAAUUGAGGAAUCAAAAUCCUGACUACUGAAAAAAACUUGUUCUCACAACCAUGGGAAUAUUGUUAAUUAAUAAUGACUUUACAAGGUCAGACUAACGAGGAGGAUCACAUAAGAGGAAGUGUGGGCCAGGGCAGCCUGGCAGAAUUUCUCCAGAUUCUCCAUGGCUGUGCUGUGUUCCAGAUGUGAGAUGGGAACAGAUGAAUAUGAUCUCUCCACCAGAGCAAGGCAAUGGUAAACUCCUCCCUGCCUCCAUCAGGGAUGAAAAUCACAGGGAAUACUCUCUUGAAGUCUAACUUUUGCUUCUCUGUUCCCUGCCUUUCUGCACGACAGCAUGCAGAGGCAAUGUCUGCUCUCUAUGUGAUCAUAUAUGUUAUUCUGCAUGGCUCAAGGUUUGGGAAACCUGCUGGUUGUCCAGAAUUGGGAAAAGUAUCAGCCCAGCAGGGUGGGCUCAUGCUUACUUCUUUUAUGUAGUUGAAUGGGUUAGACAAAGGCAAGUCUGUUUUACUUCCCCUUAUUAGAUGUUGGAAUCUGCUUUUGCUGUGAAUUCCUCUGAUUCACAUUGUCUUUCAGACAAGUAGAAUAGUUUUCAGCCUGCUGCUGUUCACCUGCUACUUGACACCUGUUCAAAUGACUACCAAAGCACUUAGAGAAAAAGAGAGAAAAAAGCCUAUAAAAAUAUUGGCAUAGUUUAGAAGCCAGCAGGUAACUGAGCAUGUCCACAGCAACUGUGCAAAAACCACAAGGAAUAAAUACUUCGCUGGUGGCUAAAAAGGCUAUGUGAAAAAAUUCCCUUUGAUACCAGAUUUUGAAACAGGAAACAGACUGUCACUGGAGCAAAAUACCUGCAUUCAGUAGGCCCUCUGCUGCAGUAAUUUCUAAGAGCUACACAUGAAGUCUUUCCUGUGUCACCUGUCUUGGGACACUGGUGCUGAAAUGGGUCAGCUGUGCAGUGCAAACAUGGCCAUAGUCCACCAAAAACAUUAAAUGUCUAGGGUGGUGGAAAGGAGUUGUGCAGAGGCUGCUCUUGAUACAAGAUAUUUACAGUAACAAAGUGAACAAAAUCUGCCUCCUUCCAUUUUAAGUAGUGUUUUGAAAAUAAGAAAGAUCUCAAAUUUACAUUUGUAAAACCUCUAGAUUAAACAGGAAUACGAUUAUACUAUUUUAAAGAUGCUAAAUUUUGCAUCAUAAGACAAAGCAUAUUUUAUUUACAGGCCCUAUCUAGUUUUUUAUAUUAUACUCAGUCUAAAUAUGGCAAACCAAAGCACCAGUAGGUUUUUUUUAAAAAGACAGAAAUAAAUAAAAUUGAAUACUCAUAGUGCUUUUAUGAAAGAAUUGUCUGGGAAUUUACAUCAUCUGGAGAGUCUGUCUGGUAGCAGACAUUAGGUAUGUCAGACAACAUCUACCAUUAUACGUAUGCCUCCAUUCCCUUCAAAAUACAAUGGGUUAGAAUAACAGAUAUUGUUGAAUGUAUUUUCUUCUAAAUAUUCUUGUCUAUUUGCUAGGAAAUACAUAACUGUAAAAUAGAAAUUGCUUAAAAACAAAAGCACAACUAAGGAAAUAAUUUUCUGCUCCUAGAAGAGCCUGAUGCCUAAACUUGUUUUGCAAUGCAUAUCCCUUCUCCGGCCUCACCUCCUAUUUGAUGUCAGGGCAGGAGCCCAACAGCACAGACAGUAGGCUUGGAACCAAACAUCUCAAAAUCUGCAAUGCUCCAAGUCAUGUUUACUUGUCUCAGUACUACAAUCAUGCAAAUAAAUGGAAAGAUUUAGUUUUAAUUUUUGUCAUUUGCAUUUCAAUAAUUCAAGAUACAUAAGUUACUGAGUGCUUGCUUUCUUCCUUGUAAUUAGAAAUUCACUAUUAGCAGUUAUUAGUGAAGUUAAGCCAAUGUGCAAGGUUUCUGUCCACCUCAAUCUGAAUAUAGGCAAUCUUUGUAUAUAUUGAUAGACACUGCAUCUUGUGUUGAUACACAUGUAAUACAUAUUGUUCAUUUCAUGCCUUAUUCUCCUUUUUCUUUUGCUCUGUAAAUCAUAGACCCCAUAUUGCAAUAUUUCUCUACAUUCUUGUUAACUGCAGAUUCAUUGGAUUUGAUUGAUAUUCCCUAUUUUAGCUGUUCCUCGGACUUUCCAUCAAAUUGGGACUAUCACAUUCAUCAGCUUCAGGAAAGUCUUUCUUCUAAAUGGACCAUAUAGUUGAAGUGAUUUAACUUAGAUGUGGUAACAAACUGUCAGAAAAUAGCAAUUAGAACA